GUAUACUAGUGUAUCGUUUAUAUUCAUAAAAAUGCCAAAUUCUUUAUUAAAAACAAAUAAAAGUCUAGAACUGAAGCAGUCAGACUCCGAGGUGUUAAAAUUCAUUCUGAAUACGAAAUGAUAUUAACAGUAAAUAAGCUAUUUGGGGGGUUAAAAUGUCUGUAAACAUACUAGAUUAGAUUUAUUGUCAUUGUACAAAGACAUUAAUACUAAAACUGCUGAGGGAUUUUAUAAACAGACACAUAAGAGUAAUACUUGAAAAAUAAAACUCCUGCAUGUUUUUUCCUUAAUUGUUCAACAAAACCUAUUUUUUCAUAUAAAAGUUCCAAAAUUAUAUUUCCUGAACUUCUAAAUCCUGAAUGUUUUACUCUGAGUGACGAAGUUUCAGAUCAAACACAGGCUUUUAUUUUGGUGACUUCGGGUUUUCCAUCCCUGGAAUGUGUGAACACGUGACUUUGCGCAUGCGUACUGAGCAUAGCUUCCGUUCCUUUCGGUGUGGAGGCCCCAGGCAGGUAAACAGAGGUUCUCCUAAGGUUCUGUUGGUUCCAACUAGCUCUGAGCGGUUCCGGUCGGCCCAGAGGGAAAAUGUCUCCAUCCGCCACGUUUCACUCCCAGCUCGCCUCCAUCAUGGAGGUUCUGGCCAACACGGCGGUGGCGGAGAUCUGCGAGCUGGUGGACAACGGCUACGCGGUGCUGCAGCUGGAGAUCAGCCGGAGCCGCAAAGAGAACGAGGUUCUGCGGAGGAAACUGCGGCUCCUGGAGCUCCGGGCGGCGCGGUCCGCCGCGUUCAGAGCCGCCGCGAGCGGAAGCGGCGCCGCGCUGCUGUACGCCGCUAGCGGCCGCCCGCGCGCCAACCAGCGCGUCCACGAGCCGAGGAGGAGCGUGACUCUGACAGAAGUAGCAGCAGAGCUGUGCUUGCCGCCCAAUCAGCAGACUUCUCAGUGCAGAGAGACCCGCCCACCACCGGAACCGGAACCAGAAGCUACAGGACAGACGGCGUCUGCAGUUGAGACCACAGUGGUGAUCAAGGUGGAGGACGAGGAGGAAGAGUCCUGGUCCCAGUCCGACCCUCAUGGUCGGUUCUGUGGCGGUUCUGAGGAUCAGCCCGAAGCAGAAGCUUCGUCCUCGCUGGUCAAACAGGAAGAGAGCGGUGCAGGUGGGGGCGUCUCUUGGACCAGCGCGGAGGUGAGCUCCACCUCCACCCAGCAGACCAAUCAGAGGCCAGAACCCAGUGGCUACGACUCCAUGAUGCUGCAGCAGGCCUCCCACGCUGCUGCAGCAGCAGAACCCGGCGGCUCCUCCGGGUUUGUUCCCGGCAGGAACGCUUCAGCCGAUUCAGGAAGCGGCUUCAGCCACCGCGAGGCGAGUCUGUCUGCAGCGGGGCAGCAGCAGGGGGCGCCACAGAGAGCCGGCUGGCGGCAGCAGAGCCGCGCCGCCGCCGCCCCCGCGGGGAAGACGUUCGCCUGCAGCUUCUGCGGGAAAAGCCUGGCCUGCCUGAAGAACCUGAAGACCCACAUGCGGGUCCACACGGGCGAGAAGCCGUACGUCUGCGCGCUCUGCGGGAAACGCUUCUCCGACUCCAGCAACCUGAAGCGCCACCAGAGCGUCCACACGGGGGAGAAACGCUACGGCUGCGUCCACUGCGGGAAGCGCUUCGCCCAGUCCGGCUCGCUGAAGGUCCACAUGGCCGUCCACACGGACUGCGGCCAGUUCCGCUGCUCCGUCUGCGGCAAGGCCUUCACCUCCGCCGGCCACCUGAGGAGGCACGUCGCCAUGCACACCGGGGACAAAUGCUUCCCCGCUGCGUUACCGUGACAACCAUCAGCGGCGCUGACGCUUCGUGCUGGACGGAUCAGAGCGACAGGAAGUCCUGAAACUGUCCGGAUCAUCAAACUGCUCCUCUAGCGGCCAUGUUUAUGUUUCUGUGCAGAUUGUGACAUUUUUGUGUACAUUUUUAAAUUUCUGCUGUCUUUUUUGGCAGAAACGGUUUAAGAGAAUAAAGCCACUGCUGUUGAGUUUUCCUUUUCGCCUGGUUAGCGCUGACAUCACAGCCCUGUUCGGGUUUUACUGUCCCACUUAAAGAAGGAGGUCUGGCAGGUGUCACGCUUUACGAGAUUUAUUUGUGUUUGUGGUUUUGGGAACUGACGGUCUGACGGGACGAGGCCCCGUUUCCCCGCUGUGUCUGACUGUGAUGUUUUUCAUCGCUAAGGCUGGAGGGUUAAAACUCUCAGACACGCGCCCCCUGGUGGCGAGUGAGGAAGCAAAUACUGUGAUGUGAUGGUAAAAAAACAUGAUGCGGAGCAGAGAAACGGAUUGGAUUGAAACGUCUGACCCAAUAUGAAGGUGUCUAUGCAGCACCAGGAGGAACUAAGCUGAACUUUAAACUGCAGGGGUUUAAGGGCUGAAAGUGGAUUCUGAACCAUAAGUUCCUUUAACUGGUCCAAAGGAAACCUGAACGACGUCCAGAGAACCUGGAGAACCGACGACUCGGCAGGUUACAGGAACUAUUCUUUGAAAUCUCACGUUUUGGACCGGAUGAGUUUUAAAUCCACUGUGAUGCUCCAGACAUGAAGAGCAGCAGCAUCUUCCUCCUCAGAGCUGCUGCUCUUCAUCCUCAGUUUGUCUCAAAGCGGCAGGUUCUCAUCCGACCCGGUCCGGUUCGGUCCGGAGCUGCAGGUUCUGAGGAGAACCGACUGGUUAAACGUUUCUGGAAAACGCUGCACUGUUAAAAACUUCCUGUUUUAUUGUGACUCUGAUGAUGAAAUAAAUAAAUAUUCUGUUUAGAAAGUCGAGUCAAAAUUAAAGUUUUUACUUCACUU